ACCUAGGGUUGGUAGGGUCCGGAAGCUCAGGCGGUUCGGCCAAGGGUCAGAUGCAGUGCAUUAAUUUGAAUGGAGUAAUGAUGUGUCAAAAUCAGAUGGGAUCAGAAUCGUUUCCAUUGGAAAACAUCGAGACUAUUCAGGAAUCGAAAAUCGUAUCAAAAUUUAGUCCCGAAUUGCCUUUCGGUGAAACUGUUGUCGAAAAAGUGGACGAAACACACGUAUUAAAUGAUGAUAAGCCUAUUGAUGACAGUUUAGACCUAGGGUUGGUAGGGUCCGGAAGCUCAGGCGGUUCGGCCAAGGGUCAAAUGCAGUGCAUUAAUUUGAAUGGAGUAAUGAUGUGUCAAAAUCAGAUGGGAUCAGUUUUAUUUGCAACUAUUGUGUUGAGCAAUGUCAAUUUUAUGGGUGAUAUCCCGGAGCAAAUACAAUCUGAGUUGGAUAAAUACCCAGAUAAUUUGACCCCGUCUCAAAUGAAAGUUGUGGAAAAAUUUAUUGAUCUGUACAAAGCAAGUGUUACCAUGUUUACCACUAUAUCAUGUGGAGGGAUGUUAAGUGACCGACGGCUUAUCAAAAAGUUCUGCAGCAACUCUAAUAACAUUUCACCAUCGGUUAUGUCAUCUGCGGGCUCGUGCGCUCUAAAAGCAUCUAGCGAUUUGCAAACAAUUGCCACUAAAUGCAUGUCCGGAAGCGCUUCAAACGCUUUGUCAAUGAUAUGUAAAUCGGAUUCAAGAAAACAGCAGAUUGAUAAUGAGACCGCUAUUAAUGGAACUGAAACGGAACCUAUUACAUUACUUGAGUGCAUAUGCAACGCGGGUUAUAUUGUGUUGAGCCGAUGUUUUAGCGCCGAGUUCUCAAAACUGACCGAUCAGUCCUCAAAACAGGCCAUUAAGACGUCAAUCGCCGAGAUUAAGACCUGUCUUCAAAACAUUAAUACUGAUUCUUCGAGCAAUAUCGAGUACGAGAUACCGGAGCUCUCGGACAGGAGUAUGGGUCUGAAAAAGAUGAAAAACUCGAAGGCGUCUAAAGAUGUAAAGUGGGAUAAAAUACACAAAAAACUCAGAAAAGGUAGUAAAUUGCAUAAGGCUAAGGGUGGCCAAGGGGACGGGCACCAGCACUCUGGCACCGGCAAACAUGGUACCGGCAAACACCCUGGUCACGCAGGUGGUAUGGGUAUGAGCGGUUUAAUGGGCACCAACCCAAUGGGCGCCCCCGUUAUGAGUCCCAUGUUAUCAAAUGCUCCCUCCGGUACAGUGAUCGAUAUUGGCCUAGAUGAGAAUGGUAAUUUUAUACCAGUGGGUGUAUCAGGCUCAAACGUGGGCGGAGUGGUGGUGAAGGACCCUAAUGGAAACACUAUGCCCUGGAAUGAGUUUACCAACAAUAAUAAGCCAGUUGUUGGCGUUUCCGGUAAUCCCGCCGCACCCGUAAUGGAUUCCGGUUACAGUAAUGGUGUUUAUGAUAUGACCGGUAAUGAUGUCGUGGCAAAACCAUCAGUUAUGGCUGAUAAGACCCCCGACGAUGAACUCGAUGAAAGUAUGGAUGAAUACGGACGCCUUAUGAGAAAGAACCCUCAUGAGUAUUGCGGUAUUUAUAUCGUAAUAUCCGUACUGAUGGUGAGUGUCUCGGACCGAGUGAUUGUGUCGGCUCAGGCGCCGCUCACUGAGACCAGCACUUGGACUGAGAUCUCGACCGACGCCAGUGGCGGGCAAUAUGUCAUUGUAAACACGGAUGUAAUACAAGUGUCUGACCUAAUCAAGCAGCCACUCAGUCAGGCGCUGACAACGCCCAAAUGUACCAAGCAAAAUUGUAAGCUAAGUCUUAAGAAAUUGACCGACAUUUUCUGGAAAUUGUAUCAGACUGAUAAAAUGCGCCACGCAGCCUGUAUAGCCGCUCUUGAUCCUUUUAUUUUGUUCGAUAGUCCGGCGCUGACUGUCAUUAUGUUGACUACAAGUAAACCCAUAAUCAUGAAUCUCUUCAUUGUG